UUGCGGGAAGCAAAAGCAUUUGGGGAUUCUUUAGAGGAUGUUCUAUUUUUUGCACCUUUGAAUGAGAAUUUCAAAAUUGACAUUCUUUGACUGUYUGAAGAAAGAGGAAUAGAAAGAUCUCGUCAGAAUUUCAUGGAAGAYUCAUAGGUUUUCUGCGCAUAAUGUUCCUGUAAUUUACCCGCUACACUCUCUCAUUUUGACACGUUUUGUAUGUUAACAACUUGUCAUGAAUUUCGAUGAAACUCAAGCUUUGGAUUCAAGUAACUACGAUGAAUCUGAUGAAGAGCAAGAAUUUGAGAGGAACAGAAAAUUGGUUGGACAUUUGAAGGUUUUUAAGCAGCUAGAUUUAGAAGAAAAGGUUUAUAAAAUAUAUGAAGGAGAAAAUUUUAUUGGUCGCGAUGAAGGAUCUGAUGUUUAUAUUCCUAGGAAGUCACUGUCUAAGAGGCAUGCCUGUAUAGAAGUUUCUGAUAGUCUUCACCUCAUCUAUGAUAAUAGCAGUAAGAAUAAAACAAGAAGAGACAAGGUAAAGCUUGAUGAUGACAAUGAUGAYACAGGCUCGGAGACAGGUUCUGAGUCUAUGCUACCUAUYGAUGCAACSACAACUGAUGUUACURCCAAUGAARCYAAAGASAAUGUUUCAAAGGUUUAUGCURCCGAUACUGAUUCUGACACUGAUGAUGAAAAACCAAGYAAACUUGAUAAAUCAAAAGCACAAACUUCAAAGGAUGACAACCAGGAAAGCAAGCCCCAAGUACCAAAAGUCAUGUAUGAUUCCUAUGAUGAAGAUGAAGAAAUCAUUACAAAAAAGCCACAUGAUGUUAUCCCACRUAAAGGUGAAGACUCUGCUCUUGAUGUUAGUUCUGAAGGUGGAACCCUKGCUUUUGGAUUGGUUAGCCCCACWGAUGAAAGACCUUUUAUAAGACCAACUCCAAAACAAGCUGUGAAGGAAACUMCAGCAACACUACUUUAUACYCAAAAUGAAGCAACAAGCUCACAGAAAGAUGGYRUGCCCUCAACGCUGCUCUAUGCUUCACAAACACAAGAUGGUUCAACAAGGAAUUUAUCUCCAAARUCUUYCRACAAGCAAAUUGAAAAUGCUCCUGCAACAUUGYUAUACAGCACACAAACACAAGAUAAGUCAUUGGCCAGUGAAACCAGUGAUGUUUCACCUGAGAAACCUCUAGGAAAUACUCCUGCRACAUUGYURUACAGUGMWCAAACACAAGAUAGGUCUUUGUCCAGUGAAACCAGUGAAGUUUCACCAGAGAAAGCUGUAGUAGAUACACCUGCAACUUUGUUAUACAAUACUGAUAUACAAGACAAUGUGGGCAGUAAUUCAAAGUCACAUGAAUCAUCAUCAUCAUCUGCUGAAAUAUUUGAGCCUGAAACUCAAGGGUUUAGUCCAAAAGAGACCUCAUUUUGUUUGCCAACACAGUCUUAUAUCAAGGAAACACCAGCAGAUACUGAAGAAAAGGGUUUGCAAAUCAGUAACAUACCCGAGAGUGAUGAUGAAGAAGACAAAGAUGGUGUCAAAAAAACCUUAUCUUUUGAUGAAAGUGCUACACAAGCAUACACUUGGAAUGAUAGUGAUGCUACUGAUGAUGAAGAUGAUGAUUUAAGGUUUCAACCAACCCAAGCUUAUCCUGCUAAUAUGAAAAGCACUGAAAACAAUGAAGAUUCAACAGACGAUGAGCAGUCUAACCCUGACUUGUAUGCUACWACAAACCCUGCAGAAGACACUGUUGCAGACAGCAGUGAUGAAGAGAAACAAAUCAAAGAAACCUCUGUGGAGCCCACAAUGCCAUAUGGUAUAGAUGACAUGGAGACUCAGGCUUAUGAAGUUGAGGACAAAGAUGUGUUGACUAGAAUGGGUGAUUCUGAGUCUACAGAUGUAAAAAAUGGUAAACAACGAGCACAUGACCAUAGUGAAAGUGAAACAGCAGAAUCUGAUAAAAUAAACAAGGGUCCAAAAGGACAUAGAAARGGACGUGUACAAUUCACAAAGGACUUGCARCCAACGUUACCAUACAGCAUGCAAGAAACGCAAGCAUAUGAAGCUGAUGAGAACAUAAUUGAGGAAGAAACAGAUAAGGAUUUUGAAAAACCAAGUGUUUCUGACAAUAAAGUAACACAAAAUGUAGACAAUAUGAUGGAAACUCAAGCUUAUGAUGCAUUUGAAGAAACAGSAAGUAACCUUCAACCAACCYUACCUUACAGUAUGAUGGAGACACAAGCUUAUGAUGCUGACGAAGAUACAACAGAGGGAGAAAAAAUGUUUAAAAAGMCAAUUGUGAAAGGUGGUAAAGUAAMUGAAGUUGUAGAACAAACAUUUCCCUAUAGUAUGAUGGAAACUCAAGCUUAUGAUGCCGAAACAGAAGAAGAUUCACCAGACAAACAUCAACAUAAARCYUCAACAGAAACUGCAAACUUACCAGUAGUUGUAGAGCCAACUUURCCSUAUGAYGUUACAGAUACAGAUGACCUUGAAAGAGGAAAWGCUGAAGAUGYAGUKAUYCAASAGACUCAGGCUUAUGGAGUAGGAGACGAUUCUGAAACAGAUGACGAGACUUUAGACAGCAAYGCUGCUGGACCAUCAGGAAUCMAUGAAAGUGASAAAGAGAAAAUUGAAAGCAAAGAAAGUGAAGCCAUCCAGGAUACWUAUGAAGCCACUCAAGCCUAUGGACUAGACAGCCACGUGAAUGAAGUAGGUCCAGACAGUGAAGAUGUCUCAUCCCAGGGAAUUCCAACACCCAAAGCUACCAAGAGCAAAAGUGAUAAAAACAAUAACACAACCAAUAAUAUGUCAGAUAACCAGGAAAACCCCCAGGAAGUAUGUGAAAUUAUCAUAAGACCAGUGAGAAGAGGKAGAGGGAGAGUAACUCAAGGAGAUGAUGAUCACCCUGUUGCCACAAAGACAGUUGAUGUAAUCCCCAAGUCAUCUCGUGGCAGAAGGUCAAGAAAGAGCACUAAAGAAGAUACUACACUAGAGAAUGAUGUAAAAACUGUGAAAGCAAGAAAGUCUGCAAGGAAUGAAGACAAGAGCCUUGACAAUGAAGAUAUGACUACUAGAAGUGUAACUAAAGCUCCACAGUCAAGACGAUCCGCAAAGAAGGAAGAAAAGAGCCCUGAAAAUGAAGACUUGUCUACCCGUGUAACUAAAGCCUCAAAGUCAAGGAGGUCUGCAAGGAAAGAAGACAAACCCCUUGACAAUGAAGACAUGGCUGACAGUGUGCCUGAAGCUCCAAAGUCAAGGAGGUCUGCAAGGAAAGAAGACAAACCCCUUGACAAUGAAGACAUGGCUGACAGUGUGCCUGAAGCUCCAAAGUCAAGGAGGUCUGCAAGGAAAGAAGACAAACCCCUUGACAAUGAAGACAUGGCUGACAGUGUGCCUGAAGCUCCAAAGUCAAGGAGAUGCGGAUUCACUUGA